CCACUGUUCUGCACUUGCCCAUGUAAAAGCCAGGCUCGGUUUCCAGCUGGGCACUCUGCCAAGGGCUCAGGUGAGCCACAGAGUGCUUCCCGACAGCCUUGCAGCCGGACACCUCCUCGGCAUGGCUGGGAGGGCAGUGCAGCUGCCACAGGGCUGCUUGCAGUCCACGAAAGGCUAAGCGGCCUGGAAGGGCUCAAACCAUGUCUCCUUCAGGUAGCCCAUGGUCCCUGAGCCUCGUGUUUCUUCUGGGGAUGGCACUGCAGGGGAUCAGCUGCCCGAGCAGUUGUAGCUGUCAGUACCUGGAGGUGAACUGCACUGGGCAGCAGUUGCAGGAGUUUCCUGUGGACAUCCCUCUGGACACCAGGCAGCUGAUUUUGGCAGCAAACAACAUCUCGUACCUGCCCGCUGUGGAAUUGAGCUUCCUGGCUGAUUUGGUCUAUCUGGACUGCAGAAAGAACCUCUUGGGGGAUGACCUGGAUUUCACUUUCAUUGGCGUGGCCAGGCUUGUCUAUCUGGACCUCAGCUUCAACAACCUCACACAGGUCACCUUCAGCACCUUCUCCCACCUCCUCAGCCUGGUGGUACUGAAGAUCUCAGACAAUCCCAACCUUGUGGCCAUCGAGAAGGAUGCUUUUGCCAACAAUACCUGGCUAAGGCACCUGGAUGUGAGCCGGACGGGCUUAACCUUCCUGGACACCAGCACUGUCCGGGACUUGCCCAACCUGAGGCUGCUGGGGCUCAGUGACAACCUGUGGCACUGCAACUGCUCCUUUUUGGACUUCAUCACCUGGAUGAUGGAGAGUGAUGUGCAUUUUCCAGAUGCUGACAACAUCACCUGCUACACCCCAGCAGGGCUGCGUGCCCUGAGGAUGCCAGCAGCAGAGGCACAGCUCCACUUCAGCUGCCUGACCCAGCUGCACAAGCAGGAUUAUGUCUUUCUGGUCCUCGUUGGCUUCUGCAUAUUCCUUGCUGGCACCACGGCAGCCUGGCUGGCCGGCGUCUGUGCUGUCAUCUACGAGGCCCAUGCCUCAAAGGGAGAGGAAGAGGAGGAGGAGGAGGAAGACACAGCCACUUAG